GUCGUGUCCUUGCUCAGGCAGGCCGCCGGCCUGCUUGAAGCGGCUGUGAACCACGGGAACCAGGGAGAGAGCGCCUCAGCUGGUGAGCCUGCUGCUAGUGAUCAAUGGAGCCUUUUGGGCACUUCUUCAUUGCCAGGAUCUCCUCCACUCACUCCAUCUCGUGGUGGACCUUCAGCGGGCUAUAGCACCUACGACAAGGUGGCUGAAUCCAUUCCUCCUCUGCCUCAGCAUUGUUUGGACUUGUGCUCUCGAUUGGGGGGCUCAGAUUCUCCUGCUGUUCGGGCUAGGAGGGCUUGGCAGGCUGGACAUUGGGCGAAGGCUGUGGUCGGGGGCAAGAUCGUCAAACCCCGACCAACGCCCAAGCUCUCACAGAGGUCAACACUAUACAUUAUUGUACAAGGGCCUCGCAUUGACAAGCCCAGCAAAGCUGAAGCGCAAGUCUAUUGCCUGGCUUUGGGCAUCGACUACCCAGCAGAAGUAUUUCCAGCCAUGCCGAAGCGCUGGCAAUCCCAAGUUGCACGACGCCAGAAUGGUCUGAUGAUUGCAUUGCCGCUUACUUGGCUCCAGAAUCAAUUCAACGGGGAGGUCAUGUCGAUCCCUCAGAUCUUUUGGGCCCCCAGCAAGGCGGUUACAGUUCCAGCCAUGAUCGAGGAGGACGAUGGCGCGGAAAAUCGCGGAAACCUUUCUAGGCUCCGACACGGAUGGUUUGAUGGAUUUCAGCCAGGAGGUGAUUUUUUGCAUGAGGCUUCACGAUCCAGUGACAGAGCAGGAGGGGAUCCAGUUGAUGCUCCGGAGAUCUUUCCAUCAGGAAAUACUUUGAGUUUGGAGGCCGACUCUUGGAUUCAGGGCGCUGCAGAGGGCCGUGUUGGAUUUUACUCUGCAAUGGAGGAAGAAGUCUUUCCACGACCUGCUGCCAGACCCAAAGGACAAGCCGCUCCCAAGAAGGGCCAGAAGAAACCCUCAGUGGCAAAAUUGGCAGAACAGCUCUCCACGCUCUCCAGCUCUUGCCCCCAUGAUGAGCCAGCUGCACGCACUUCAAGAAGGUCGAGGUUCAUAGAAGAUGUGGGCCCUCCGCCAAGGAUCAAGCAACCACCUUCCACACCAGCAGCAGGAGUAGGUCUUCCAGAAGUGAUGGCCGGAGAGGAGCCAAACGCUCUCCUCAGAGGCGAGAUAGGGUCCUCCAGCAGCAGCACUUCAAUUUCAAUGAAGGGUUCAGCACGUCGAGAGAGGCUGCUGAACGAGCUAGCACAGAGGAAGGGCAAUUUCAUGUUGCGAGUUGCUCAGAACGCCUUCCGGCGCCUCAAGCCGGUAGACCCAGUGCCAGCCAAGUUGGACGAGUUUGGAGCCAAGCCUAUUUUUGCGAAGUACUUGGAACGUCAAGGUGGAUUUUCAGGGGCCCGAGAUUUGGAGCUGAUCAUGUGGCUUUUGGCACAAGUGGCAGACCAGAUGUUACAGCAGGACCAUCAGGGCGCAAUGGAACUGAUGGCACUUGUUCUAGUGACAUUGCAGGCAGCUAUGGACGGGAACGAGUGGGAGGUGGCUUGGUUGCUUUCUUUGCAGGAGGAUCCACCCCCAGGUUUGUGGUUUGUUCUCUCCUCGGCCUCCAUCUUCGAAUCCUCGGUUGAGGGCAUUCUCACCGCAUUGUCCUCCAGAAUGAGCAGCAACAAUUCUGUCUUUUGUCAAGGAGUUGGACAUCAUAUCGACAAGGAGGUCAGAGAUAGUCCGAGCCAGGAAAGGGAAGAAAGAGGAGGAGGACAAGCCAGCUCCAAAGCGUCCGCCAAGAAAUCCAAACAAACCCAAGAAAGGAGAAGGAAAAGGCGAGGAGGCAGGAUGACCCAACCAGCCGUCCGAGCAGCUUUACCCAAGCCAUUUUCCAGUUUUUGUGGCAUUCAGGAUGCUUUUGUUUCUGAGGAUUUUGUUCAUGAUCAAGGCCAUCAGGUCGAUGCAGAGGGGUUUCCAGACCACGAACCACAGCAGCCUUUUUCUCGUGAUGAGAUACAGUGCAGUUUGUCCCAAGAUCCCAACGCCUAUGUUCCGGGCUCCAAGCCUGCCAGGUUGAAGGAAUCUGCAAAGUCGGCUUGGGACAAAUUACAAGAUUUUUCAUUUUCCAAGUGGUGCAGGACGGUCUGCUCCAAGAUUUUGACUUCACGCACAGCUUUUGCUCAAUUUGUGCGUUCGACGCUUCACAUCGAGAGGAGUUCUUUACAGAACCCUGAGAAGGUGCUCUUCCCGUUGCCCAUACCCAAACCAGGUGUUUUUGAGCCCAGGAAGUACGGAAGCAGAGCAAGAAAGCAAAAGAGCUUUGAUCAGGCUUUUCACUGCACGGUCAUGGCCCUCAACUACUUGCAUGCUGACUUCCGCUUUGUUGCGCCCGAAGCUUUGGCAAAGGAGCCUUCGGAAGCGCAAUUGGCGCUCUUGGGGCGGCUUUGCUCAGGCCAAUUUUCAGUUCCUGGCAGCGGCCGUAGAUCAACUUCACUUGUUGCGCUCCUGGCGGACCUGAGUGAUUUUUUGACUUGGGAAGGCCUUGGAGGCGAUGGAUAUCAUCGUGGAUUUCAUGGCGCCCCUGGAGGACUCCGUGAAGCAACUGAGGUAGAGCCAGACUUGUCAAAAAGAGCUGAAGAGCUUUGCCCCUACCGCAGCCUGGAUGCUUCACGUUUGAAGAUCACCGGAGAGGCCAAGUGGGUGUCAGAUUUGGAAGGCACUCAGGCUUUCGCUUCCUGGCAGAGACUCGAGCAGGGCCCUUAUGUCAGGACCAAGCAUGGUGACCAAUUUGGUAGGACUUUUUUGGAGGAUCACGGUUUAUUUUGCCAGCGUGAGGAGCUUAGGGCAGACAGUAUUUUCAGAGGCAGAGAGGUUUUGCAAGGGUUGGUGACUGAUGAUUUUUUCACAGUCUCCGUCGAGACGGCAGAGAAAAGAGACCCUGAGAACACACCAGCCACAACUCAGAGCCGUGCUUUGCAAAGGUUUCAGCUUGCAAAGCAGGCUUAUCAGAAAGCUGACCUGAAAGGUUCUGAUGACAAGGACCUUGUUGACCCCACCAGAGCCAAGCUCAUUGGAGGUCAGAUUGACUCCUCCCUCAGUACACGUAGACUUGGCCUCACAACUCUUGCGGCACCGGCCAAGAAGAGGUUGGCUCUGGCAUAUCUGUCUGUCGAAGUUUCCCAGCUGCCAUAUACCGCGGAUGCUCUCUAUGUUUUCUGGAGGUUGGGUGCGUGCGCUCAUGUACCGACGGCCUUUGAUGAGCGUCUUGGACAAAGCCUUCAAGCUACAGUAGUUGAUGCCACCAAGCUCGAUGCUGACAAGCCCAAGCUUGUUGCACUGCCCAGAGGAGUUGCAGAGGAGCUGUUGGUCCUUGCCUUACUGGCCCCCUUUUUGGCCACCAACCUUUCAGCAGGGUUUGCGAAUGCCAGCUUUUGUUGCAUGCCAAGCCCCCUUAGCAGAGGUCAGAGCCCUUUGGAGGACAGGCAGAAAGAAAGGAGGUUAUGCAAGAAUGCUCACUCGGGCCGAGGUUAUGACCAGCCAAGAGGAUAUAACCCUUUAGAGGAGAAAACCUUGGAAGGCACCGAGCUCGCUUUGCGCUCCCUUGCAAUCUUGAAGCUCUGCGCUGAUUUGAGGAAGCCUGGACUCCUGGAGCAGCCCAGGAAGCCCAAGAUGCGCAGAUUAGAGGAGUGGAUAGCCCUCUUGGAGUUAGGUCUGGCGGAGGAGAAUUGGGCUGCGUCAUGUGCUUAUGGAUCUCCACAUCAGAAGGAGUUUGUUUUCCUUUCCACAGGCCUUCCGGCAGGAAACCUUCACAGAAAGUGCACAAGAGACCAUCAACACAUUCCCAUUCAAGGCAAGUGGACAAAGCAGUCAGCAGUCUACACAGACAAGCUAGCAUGGGCCUUGGCCGAAUGCUUUCACCAGGGUCUUACAGUGAUGCAUCGAGAGGCCAGACAGCACUCUCCGAAGACCCAAGGUUUGGAAUCUUUCCUCUGCAAUGAUGUGCUCCUGUCGCACUCUUGGAAGGUGUUGAAGCAUUGGCAUUGGGCCAAGCCUACGCAUAUCAACAUCCAGGAAACCUCCACUACAUGCAGGCUUCAGGCCAUGGAUGCGAAGGGCAGGGGCCACAGCACUUGCAGGUUAGCAUUGAGGCUGAAGGAGGAUUUUUUGCGAUGGAGAGCGCGAGAAGGCACCAGCACUGCAGGUCUUUUGGAUUUUUGGAUUCUCCGUGACCCUACCUGGCUGCUUCUCUGGCUGUGCACUUCACUUGGACUUUCUGCUGGCUCACUCCCCUUAAGUAGACCCCUAAAUAUCUUUUGGGUAUUUGUCACCUGGGGCGCUGCGAACGGGGCGCCGGGCGAGAGCCAUGGAACUGCACUGCAACCGCGAGAUGCCAGAGACAAGCGCAGAGCUCAGAGUAGGGCUGGAGCAAUACUUCCCACUGGAAGGCCUGUUUUAGGCCAGAUUCAGCAUUACAGAGAUAAGCUUCUGGAGCAGUUUGGUGCUUGGUUGGAGGGACAGGGUCUCACCAUUGAUGUUUUGUUGGAUUCUGGGGCAACUGACAUUGAAACUUUGAACCUUGUCCUGGAGAAGUACGGAAGAGCAUUGCAUGCAGCAGGCCAGACCAUGCGGGUGCGCUUCCAGAAACUUCUUGAGGACCAGGUCUGGACGGAAAAGCGGGAAGCUGAGCUGCAGAGGGCACUCAUGAAAUGGGACACCAUCAUCAGAAACUGGCCAGAUACAUGGAGAUGCAAACAUGAGCGUUUGGUAUGUUCUUCAGUGAAUGAUUUUAUGAACUUACUUGGAGACUACCUGGCAGGGAAAGCGCCGGAGACUCUGGUGAAACGUGCAAACAGUAUGGUCUUUCUGCAUUCAACUUUGCAACAGUUGGGUUUCUUCUGGCCCCUUGAUGAACCGGAGAUGUACAGGAUCAUUAAGAUUUUGCAUUCAUCUGGACAUCGCACUAGUCGGUUGAAGUCGAUUUUGGAAGCCAUCACUUUUUGCAGGUACUCCUUCGACAUCGUCGGCCUCCAUCCCAUCACCGUCAGCAAGCGUUGUCUGGGAGCCACUGGGGGUGACGUUGCAAGCAAGUUGAACCAAGCCACUCCAUUGACAGUUGCAGACAUUCGGCAUUUUCACAUGUGUUUGGACACCGGUGACACCUGGGACAGAGUUUUCAGUGGAGCAGCCCUUUUCUGCAUAUAUGCACGAGCUAGAUGGAGCGACUUCAUCCAUGGAAACUGCAUUAGACUUGAUGAACUGGAGUCAUCUGGCAAAGUUGCGUAUGCUGACAUGGAGGUGCAAACCCAUAAGACAAUGAAGGCUGCAGCUAACAAGUUUAAGUUUUUGGACCUCGUUGUAUCUGGCAGUGGAAUUUUUGGAGAUGACUGGGUAAGAAGUUGGAUCGAUGCACUCAACAACAUUGGCGUUGAUCCGUUUUCGAAUGAACCUGGCAAGACUUUGAUGCCGGCUCCAGCUGCUGAUGGUACGCCCUUCAAAGAGCCUUGGAGAGUGAUGAGGUUCAACAAGAACUACGCACCAGAUUCUUCUUUGGAUGUUGGCGCAGUUUCACUUCUGGAGAGCGAUGCAGAGAGUCCUGCAGUGGAAGCCUCAGUUGAUGAGGCGCUGGAUGAAGCAUUGCAAGUGGUGGAAGAUGACAAAGAAGUUUUGGAAGAAGAGCAUUUUACAAGUUCUUCUUCGGAGAAUGAUGCGGAGAGUGUGGAGUACAACGCUACGCCAAAGGAUGCGCAUCAAAUUUUGCGCAUAGAAUCUCAGACACUCAAGGUUGGAACGGAAGGGCCAAAGCUCGAUGAUGCAGACCAUGGCACAGAGAUCAAGCUGCAAUGGUGUUUUCAGCGUAGAGGUGUUGCUUUCGAAAUGUGCGACCUAGUCUCAUGGGAUGUUUCGCAAAGAUGGUUGGCUACGAUGUUUGCAGCAUACUCUACAGAUCCUCCACCUGGAUUUGGAAAGGUCAGUUUGCAACAAUUGGUGUCGGCCGACAAGGCCAUGUGGACUAUCCUGGCUAGGGACUUAUCAUCCGUCAAGCCGGACAACUCAUUGCAGACAGAUCCCAGCGUUCUUGAAGCUGCAACGCUGGAAGAGAGUGUCACAUCUCCAGGCAUCUCAGAAAAACUGACAGCCAAGGAUUGUUUCACGGAUGUUUCAACAGGUACUGAAGCUCGAAAGGUUCUGUUUGAAAAUAUUCUUUUCUUGGAGGUAUUUGCUGGAACUUCAUCUUUAACAAUUGAAGUUCUGAAGACGAACUUGCGUGGAGUGGCAAUAGAUAGGAGUGCUGACCGAGCCAAGGGGCCCAUCACCAUUUUGGACCUCACUAACGAUGAGGACUUGCAAUUCCUCAUGGAUUUCAUCAGGCAGGAAUCUCGCAACCUCUGCCUCAUUCACUUCGCACCGCCGUGUGGAACUUGUUCAGCUGCCCGGAAAAGGAAAUUGCCACCAGAAGUUCAGGCAGAGUUGAAGCAAGCAGGCAUCACGCCGCCACAGCCGGCAAAGGAGCUUGAAAAGGACGAGCGCAAUCUCAGAUUGGACCUGGGAGAACAUGUCAGACACGUGCUCCAAGGGAAACGGCCACCCAAACUGACUUUAGAAGCCCUCCUAAAAUCAUCACUUGGUUUGCAGAAGGCUGUGCUGAAAAGGGUCAAGGAACCAGAAGAUGCUGAGCUAAUUGCAAUUUGCGACCCCAGCACUGGUCAAGCUAGACUCUACGGGUUGAACAGCCUGCCCUUUGGGGCCACUGGCAGCGUUGCUGGUUUCCUCAGGGUCAGUUCGGCCCUCUACUACAUUUUGAGCAUGGGUUUGAAGGUGUGGUGCAGUGCUUUCUUUGAUGAUUUACCAACGUUGGCAGCUGAUGCAUCAGCUGCUUCAACAGACCGGUGCGUGGGCUUCUUGUUCGAUCUCCUUGGGAUGAAAUUUGCAACAGAAGGAAAGAAGUGUCAACUUUUCAGUGAAGAGAUGAGAGCUCUUGGUCUCAUUUUUGACUUGGCCAAGUUCGAUGAGGGAGUGGUCUUCAUCAAGCACGCUCCUGAGCGCAGGCAGGAGCUUUUGGAGAAGAUAAAGGCCAUUUUGGCCGCAGACCAGCUUUCUCCAAAAGAAGCCGGGUCUUUCAAGGGCCGUAUACAAUGGUUUGAGUCUUUCUUGUUUGGCAGGACAGCAAAUCUUGCGAUCCACAGGUUGGGGAAAAGGGCGCUGUCCAAGGGUGGGCGAACAGGAUACAAGCUUGAUGCCGAGCUCAAGUCUUCGUUAGAUUUUCUUCAGAAACGAGUUGAACAUGGAGCUCCCCUUCAACUUCCUGCAGCAACAGAGCAGGCUGUGUUGAUCUUUACAGAUGGAGCUUUUGAAGAAGAGACUGGCGCCGGGUCAAUCGGCGGUGUCCUCUUGGACCAUAACGGCAAAGCUAUCAGCUACUUCAGCGAGGAGGUACCGAGAUUGCUGAUGGAACUCUUCUUGAAAGAAUCGGAGAACCCGAUUUACCUGAUUGAACUGCUAGCGGUGCAUGUAGCUGCUUUCCUCUGGGGUGGACAGACGUUUGGUAGGUACAUUGUGAUGUGCAUUGACAAUGAGGCGUCUAGGAUGGCCACUCUUUUGGGAAAUGUGGUGGUCCAGCUUUUUGUGCAAGAAGAAGACCGAAGCCAGUGGAAGGAUAUGGGAUUUGAGAGACAUUUCAUCGUGGUCUAUUUGGACCAGAUUCAUGCA